AUGAGUAAAACGUACAGUGCGGAAACGAAAGAGGAUAAGAAAGAUUUGACUCAGGUCAAAUCUGGCGAGAUACAGGAAAGAGGUUCUUUGUCUUCCGAAAGUCUAAGUAGAGGAGAAGUCGUUAUUGCAGAUGAACAUGCUGUGGGAGCUGAUUUAUUUCGUGAAGUACUUAACGGUGAUAUUGAUGCUCAAAAUGAUAUAGACUAUGCGCCACUUAGACGCAAAAUUGACCGUUGGAUACUGCCGCUACUUUGCGUAACGUACAUGCUACAAUUUCUAGACAAAUUGUCGUUAAAUUAUGCGUCUGCUUACUCGCUAUCCAAGGACUUGGGCCUAAAAGGCAACGAUUAUUCCAACAUCGCUGCAAUUUUUAAUGUGGGGUACCUCAUCGGGUCCAUCCCGGGAAAUUGGCUUAUACAGAAGCUACCGGUGGCUAAGUUUACCGGAUGCACACUUGUGAUGUGGGCCAUUUUACUCAUUGGACACGUUGGUGCGACUAACUACCAUUCCAUGAUGGCUCUGAGAUUUCUUUUGGGAUUUUUGGAAGCUGCCAUUUCUCCUUCUUGUAUGAUUAUCUGUUCGAUGUUUUAUAACAAGCAAGAACAGCCCUUCAGAAUGUGCACUUUCUUGAGUAUGAACGGUGUCGCCACGAUGGUCGGCGCUCUUUUGGCAUACGGGUUGGGUCACUCGACAAAUGCGUCGCUCAAGCCUUGGAAACUGAUUUUUUUAGUCAUUGGUGUGAUCAACCUUGCAUGGAGUCUGGUCUUUUUGUAUCUGGCUCCAGACUCUCCAUCGAAUGCCCGGUUUUUAACCCACGACGAAAAACUGAGGGUUGUUCAACGUGUUUCAACUAAUAAAAUGGGUAUAAAGGAUACGAAGCUCAAGCCUAAGCAAGCCCUCGAAGCGUUGAAGGACCUCAACUGCUGGAUUUUGGCACUGAUCGGUCUGGGCUGCGGUAUCAUCAACGGUGGCUGUUCCAACUUCAUUUCCACGCUGAUCAAAGGUUUUGGGUUUACCGGACUCAGUGCUACUCUACUUCAAUUGCCUACCGGAGCUAUCGAGCUUGUCUGUGUGUUUGCUGCUGGUGUCAUCGCGCUGUACAGCAAGAAAAAUAUUAGGGUCAUACUUCUGUUUCUUCUGUGCGUACCAACUCUAGCUGGUCUGGUUGGUAUUCAUUUGAUUCCAUUGAAACACAAGUGGGCGCUGGUCGGCUGUUGUUGGUUGAUGUACAUCAUCGGAGGGCCCGUUAUCAUGUGCUGGAUCUUAAUGAACGUCACAAUUGCGGGCUCCUCCAAAAUGUCUACGGCCAAAAUAAUGUGGUUCCUCAUGUACACUGCUGGAAACAUUACCGGUGCCAAAAUCUUCUACGCCAAAGAGGCCCCCAAAUACAUCACAGGAAUGAAAGGUUUGAUAGCGUCGUACUCCUGUAUGAUGUUUUUAUGCAUCGUUUACUACAUCAUGAUGACUUACAGAAACAGAUCCAGGGACCGUAAGCAUGGAGUGCUGACGCCAGAGUCUGAACAACAAGGUAUCAUUGACGGUUUCAAGGAUUAUACCGAUUUCGAGAACAAGAAUUUCAGAUACGCCUACUGA